UCACAAUCAGGCAGUUUCCCACAGUCUUUGAAAGCAGCACAGGUCCCUCUCCAGUGCGCAGGCUCUGAACACUUUGAUGCAACUUCACCGGUGGAUCCGCCUGUCGCCCACAGCAGCACCAUCAUCAUCCUCCUCCUCAUCCUCAGCAGCAUCCUCCUCCUCCUCCUCAUCCUCAGCAGCAUCAGUGUGAUGAAGCAGCGGAGGACAGAGACCUUCCUGGUCUGAGACACUGGAUCAGCCCACAGACAGGAUGACCGAGGUGAUGAACUCUCUGGAGCCCGGGACGGAGGACUUCAGUGGGGGGGGAGCAGGGGAAGACGAGGGACCGAUCUUCCCAGACUCCCAUGAAAGGUUUCCCAAGUUGUCCAAGAGGCUUCCCUCCAUCGUGGUGGAGCCGAUGGACGGAGCCGAGGUGGAGAGCGGGGAGCUCCGCUGGCCGCCGGACGAGCCGAGCUCUCCGGACGCUCAGGCUGAGAGACAGAGCCCGGAGGAACAAACUGCAGAUGAGGAAGAGUCAAGUGUCGGCGAUGAGGCGUCGGCGGCGGCGGAGGUGCAGGACUCCAACUGAACAAACUCUGUGAAAUCCACCGUCACUGUGAGUGUGUCCAGACUCUGAUGAGUCAACAAAGUAGACGAGCUCUUUGUGUGUAGACAGAUCACGGAGACAGAGGAGGUAGACAAACAGAUUCCCCGACCCCAGCUCACGGGCUCGGAGCCAGAGUCGAGUCGGCACCUUCUGAACAAACCGGCAGACGCAGUUUUUUUCUUUUCAUGUUCACAUCUGUGCAGAUGAAGGAGCUUUUUACUGACGCGGGUUCGAUAUUUAAGCCACCGACGGGACCCAGUUCACUUCCUGAAGCUUCACGUUGACUAAAUUUCCUGCUGUCGAGCAAAACGUCUGGAAGUUAGAGCCCGACCGAUAAAACACGAACCGAUAAUAGACUCUCACAGUGUCAGCAUUCGUUUGUACAACAGAAUAAACUAUAGAGAACAGAUGUGCUCUGCUGUUGAUAAUGUUCAUUUGCUUCAUUCACGUUCUAUAUAUUUAGUUGUAUUUGUGUUUUGUUUAUAGAUAUUUAUACUAAAGUUGAUGGUUAAACAGUUAAAUAUCAAACCUCACUUACAUUUCUGUGUCAUGAGAGUUUGAUAACGACAUCUUAGAAACGAUUACUUAUGUUUUUAUUAAAAAUAUCGACUGAUGUAUGGUUUUCGAAUAUCUUCUUUACUCCUCGAUGUCGUCGUGUGUCGGCUAAAGAUCUGUUUCGAUCAGACUCUGUGGGAAAUGAGGAAAAGAUGUUUUAGCAGCAGACAUGUUUUAAUGUCCCACUUUCCCCGUCACAUUCCAGCUUUGUGACUUUUAUACGAACAAACUUUUCUUUUUUUUUUUAAUUUGAUGAGUAAUUUUCUGUCUCUGGCUCCGAGCCCUCGUCGUCCAGGUGCCCCACGGUGUCGUCUCCACAUCUGGACAGAUGUUUCUAAAUGCUGUCUCAAGUAUUACGUGCCAUACGACCACUGCUACUCACGGUAGCUGCUGUAUCCAGUGCACAGUUUUUACACUUUAGAUGAUCUGUGUGUUGAGUGCUCACUGCUGUAGUUUGAUGAUCUUAGUCACUGUUCACUUUGUGAUAAUAAUGUUUUUGAGGAGCAGCAUUUGAUGAAGAACAAAUCUGUCCCUUUAUUUGAUGGUAUAACAUUAUAUGAUAUAUUCUAAUGUGUAGGCAUCGUCUUCACGCAGUAGGUGUUGAAGGGAAAGUAACCGUGUUCUGUUUUACUCAAGAUUUUGGAGCAAUAGGAAUUUAACAGCAGUGCAUUUUGUUAUAGACAGCAGACGUAAAGAGAACCAGUAUAUUUUAAGUGUGACGCGCUUGUUACAGACAUGAUAUUUUUUAAACGUACUGGAAACGUAAAUUA